GAGAGAUCGAGGAGAUGGGGGCGGUUCUUCCUGUGCGGCCCGGCAGCUGGGCCUGUGCGCGGCGAGCGGCGGGGUCCGGUUGAGGUGGUGGUGCCAUGUUCCGCCGCAAGCUCUCGGCGCUCGACUACCACAACCCGGGCGGCUUCAACUGUAGGGAUGAAACAGAAUUCAGAAAUUUUAUUGUCUGGCUGGAGGACCAGAAAAUCAGACACUACAAGAUUGAAGACCGAGGGAAUUUAAGGAACAUACACAGUGAUGACUGGCCCAAAUCGUUUGAGAAGUACAUGAAGGAUGUGAACUGUCCUUUCAAAAUGCAAGAACGACAGGAGACUGUGGACUGGCUCCUUGGGUUAGCAGUUAGGCUGGAGUAUGGAGAUAAUGCUGACAAGUAUAAGGACUCUACCCCUGACGGUGCUAAAAAUACUGACAAUACAGCAAAAAAUGCAGAACCACUGAUUAACUUGGAUGUGAAUAAUCCUGAUUUCAAGGCUGGAGUGAUGGCUUUAGCUAACCUGCUUCAAAUCCAACGACAUGACGAUUAUUUGGUAAUGCUUAAGGCAAUUCGCAUUUUGGUUCAAGAACGCUUGACGCAGGAUGCCAUAGCGAAGGCCAAUCAGUCCAAAGAGGGUUUGCCUGUUGCCUUAGAAAAACACAUUCUUGGUUUUGACACAGGAGAUGCUGUUAUCAAUGAAGCUGCCCAAAUUCUGCGGUUGCUGCACAUAGAGGAGCUCCGAGAGCUGCAAACAAAAAUCAACGAAGCGAUCGUAGCGGUUCAGGCCAUUAUUGCUGAUCCCAAGACGGACCACAGACUGGGGAAAGUAGGGAGAUGAAGGGAUAGAAACCUCUGCUCUCCUGUGUACUUAGUAUGGUUAGGCACUACGUACAGCUCUGUACAACUCUCUGGCAUGCAGUUUGAAAUGGGUGUUAUCUUAAUGCUUUGAAAGAAAACAGGAAGCUGAAUUCUGACUGUUCUAGUGAAUUAUCAUUUUUUUUUCUUGAAAUAAACCAAGUCGGGGAAGUAGAAACGAA